UGUGUCCACUUUAACGAAAUAAAACUGGUAAAAUUACUUAAACCCAGCAAGUCGUAUUUUUACACGAUAACGUAGGAACUGUUGUAAGAAGUAGUUGAACCAGUGGGACCGUAAUUCGUGAAACACCGCCUUCACUGAACGCUUGGGUUCAUUUAACAACCUCCAAAUUAGAAACCACGAUAUAACUGUGAAAACACUAUUCUCUCUUGAAUUUGCUCAUACAUUAUCCAGUUUGAGAAGGUCUGAUGGAUGAGGAGGAUGAUUGUCCAGAGCUGGUACCUAUUGAGGAGAAGAGAAGAGAGACACCUGCAGCUCAGAUCCCUGUCACCAUUAUCACCGGUUAUUUGGGUGCUGGGAAGACAACACUCUUGAAUUACAUCCUGACUGAGCAGCAUAACAAAAGAAUAGCAGUCAUACUGAAUGAGUUUGGUGAAGGCAAUGCUCUGGAGAAGUCCCUGGCAGUGAGUCAGGCAGGAGAGCUGUAUGAAGAGUGGCUGGAACUCAGGAAUGGCUGCCUAUGCUGUUCUGUGAAGGAUAAUGGCCUGAAAGCGAUUGAAAAUCUGAUGGAAAAGAAAGGAAAGUUUGACUACAUUCUUCUUGAGACGACUGGUCUGGCUGAUCCAGGGGCGGUUGCCUCAAUGUUCUGGGUUGAUGCUGAACUAGGAAGUGAUCUUUACCUGGAUGGUAUUAUUACAGUUAUUGAUGCGAAAUUUGGAAUGCAGCAUCUAAUUGAAGAGAAGUCAGAAGGCUUGAUUAAUGAAGCUGUAAGGCAGAUAGCCCUUGCCGAUUUAACGAUUAUCAAUAAAACGGAUCUGGUUAAAGAGGCUGAGCUCAGUCAGCUUCGAGACACAGUCAGGUCUAUUAACGGACUCGUCAGGAUCCUAGAAACACAAAGGUCCAGGGUGGACUUGUCUCAGGUGUUGGAUCUGCAUUCUUUUGAUACCAAAGAUAGUGUGAGGCUGGUGGAGAAACUAAAGCUAAUGAAAACCACACAUGCACAUCUAGACAAGGAUAUAUUAACCGUUACAUUUGAAGUACCGGGAACUGUCUCUGAGGACCAUUUAAAUGAGUUUAUUCAGGACCUUUUAUGGGAAAAGACAUUUAAGAACAAAGCAGGACUGCCCAUGAAUGUCAUUCGCUUAAAGGGCAUCUUGUCACUGCAUGGUAAGCAGAAGAAGGCAAUGCUGCAGGGUGUUCAUGAGCUUUACGAGCUGGAUGAAACACCUGAGGACUGGACAGAUGGCGAACCCAGGAUCAAUAGAUUGGUCUUUAUCGGUCGCCAUCUGGAUGGAGACCUGUUAAAGAAGGAGUUUCUUUCUUUAAUCUCCACUGGAGAGGACUUAUAGAACAGAGGCAUCAUAAAGAAGGAAUGUUCAUGUAGCAAUGGAUUUUGCCAUCCGUAUGUUAUUUAUUACAUAUUAUUAUACAUAGCUGACUGUAGACUGUAGACUGUAGACAGCACUACUAUUCUAAGAUACUUUUAUACAAGCAGACUGUAAUUACUUAUGUUUGCAGUCGUACUGUAUGGUGCCAUGCACCAUAGUUUGCACUCACAUUCUUGGUGCUCGUGAUUGACUAUGAUAUUAAAGUACUAAUGUCAAAAGGAUGCAAAGGAUCUUUUUUUUUUUUUUAUUAGAAAGUUCUUGUGUGCUUGC